GCACCCAGCUGGGCAGAGGGGCCCAGCCCACCCUCUCUGCUCUUGCCCUACUCCGCUCCAUGUGGGGGAUCAGGUGCCAGUGCCCCUGGGGAGGCAGGGGUUCCUUGGAAGCUAGACUGAGAUGCAGGAGUCUGUGGGACCUCUGGGGAGGGGAUGCCCCAAGCCUUGCCAGGUGACCUGGGCCUGGACAGCCAGGAGGGCUGCAGGGCUGAGGAGGGUAGGUGACCUGAUGGCCAGCCAGGGGACCUGGGCCAGCCAGCCAGGCUCUCCGUCGGCGCCUCCAUCCAGCCUAAGUCCCGCCCACUUGCCACACCCCUGACUCACUUCCUUUGCACAGAAGCGGAAACCUCCCCAGAGUUUCCUCCCGACCUAAGGCUCCCGGGACCUGCAGGUGCUGCUACCCCUCCAGGCCUGAGCUUGCCAGCCAGGCCCCUGACCCCAUCGGGACCCUCGACAGGAAGCUGGUAUUUUCUGUGUCCUGAGUUGCGGCCUCAGCAUCUGGCCUCUGCAGGGGGGCUGCCCUUGGUGGGCUGGGGGCCAGCAGGAACUUAACCUGACUCAGCUGCAGGGAGGGCGACCUGCAUGCGGAGCGCCGCCCCUGCGCCAUGGACAGCGGCCAGCCCAGUCUGGAGGCCGCGGGCCCCGGCGUCCCCCGCCCGAGCGUGAUCGCGCCGCUGCGCGCAGUGGUCCGUCUGCGCCGCCGCGUGUGCCUCCUGCGCAAGCGGCGCCCCCAGCCGCCCGGCUCGGGGUCGGCUUCCGCGCCCGGGGCGCCGCACGCUGACCCGGACCAGCCCCGGUUCUUCACCUUCGACGGCCCGGAGCCGCCGUCCAGGACGCCGCGCAAGAGGCGCCGACGCAGCCGUGUGGUGCUCUACCCGGAGACCUCGCGCAAGUACCGGCCUCACGCGGAGCGCCGCAGCCGCGCGCAGCGCUGCCUCCUGCUGCUCGUGGCCAUCGUGGGCUUCCAGGUGCUCAACGCCAUCGAGAACCUGGACGAUAACGCGCAGCGCUACGACCUCGACGGGCUGGAGAAGGCGCUGCAGCGCGCCGUGUUCGGGCAGCCGGCCGCCGUGGGGCGCAUCGUGGCGCUGCUGCGGGACUACCUGGCCACGCACGUGCACAGCCGCCCGCUGCUUCUGGCGCUGCACGGGCCCAGCGGCGUGGGCAAGAGCCACGUGGGUCGCCUGCUGGCACGCCACUUCCGCGCGGUGCUUGAGGACGGCGCGCUCGUGCUGCAGUACCACGCGCGGCACCACUGCCCCAAGGCGCGCGCUGCGCAGGACUGCCGUGAGGAGCUGGCCCGGCUGGUGGCCGGCGUGGCGGAGCGGGCCGAAGCGGAGGAGAAGACCCCGCUCGUGGUGCUGGAUGAGGCGGAGCUCCUGCCCCUGGCGCUGCUGGACGAGCUGCACGGCUUCCUGCAGCCGCAGCGCGCCCACCACUUCCACAACGCCAUCUACGUGCUCCUCAGCAGCGCGGGCGGCGCGGAAAUCACGCGCUUCGUGCUGCAGAACGCGUCCCGCGCGCUGCCCCCGCGCCCCGACGGCGCCCGCGGUGCUCACGGCGACUGGGAUGCGGCGGCCGCCCUGCGGGCCGAGGAGGAGCUGCGCGCCGGCCUGCGGGCGCUCCUGGUCCGCGAGCACCCGCUGUGGCAGGCCGCGGCCAUCGUGCCCUUGCUGCUGCUGGACAAGAGGGCCGUGGUCAGCUGCUUCCGGGACGAGAUGGCCGGGGAGGGCUUCUUCCCGGAGCAGGCCCGGGCCGAGCUCCUGGCCGCGCAGCUCAAGUACUACCGCGUGGCUGGCCGCGAGUUCGCCGUCACUGGCUGCAAGCAGGUGGUGGCCACGGUGAACCUCUUGUAGCAGGGGCCCGGCUGGACACGGCGGACGCUUGUGGGCACGAGGGGACAUCUUGGGGACAUCUCGGUCAUUGGGGGUAGUAGGAGGGAGGGGACCCUGUGGAUUUGCCUGAGGCCCCUAAUAAAUCUGUUUACAGCCCCCACCGCCCUCCCUAACCCGUGGUUCACGCUGGGAGGCUGGUGGGGGUGGCUCAGC